AUGACAAAACUGUUUUCUUCUUGCUAUUCCAGGUUCUCUCUUUUGGUGUUUGUGGCUGGUCUCUUGUCUGCUACCAGCGCCUUUACCGAUCUUCGAAACUUUUCGGUUCUCACGAGACGAUCCUCCAAGACCAAAACAUCGACGGAACUGGCAUGGAGUCUGCCAGCGCCUUUGACUCAAAGUCUGGGAAACAGCAAACACUGGUAUCAAGAUAUUGGAAGUGCCGUCGACCGUCAUAUUGAGUAUCAAGACGAAGAAGAAUGCUCUGUGUGGGAGGCGGAGAAUGAAUGUGGACUAGGUGCCUUUUCAUCCCGUAUGUCUCUGUUGGAAGACGAUACCUUGUUUGCUCACGAAGACGAUCAGGCGGUGGCUCAGAGGCGAUUUGGAAGGCCCCGUCCUCUUCGCAUGGCAAAGGGUAUCUGGCGUCGCAUUCGCCGCAACCCCCACUGA